AAUUACAAUAUUUUGUUAUUAUUUUAAUUGUUGAAGUUAUUACAAUUAUUAUAAACUCUUCUGGUAAAUUCUCCCUUGAUUUUGAAGACUCCGUGCAGACAGGAUAAUCACAAAGAAAUUCUUCUUCACAGCUGAAUCCACAGCAGGUGUGAACCCAUGGUGGAGUCUGUUCUAAAUAGCAUGCCAGAGGUGAUGCAGAGUGAUGCAAUGCCCCAGGUCUGCAGCCAGGACACGAGGCCAAGCUCUCAGUAGCCUUAGUGCUUGAAGUUUGCCAGGGAAAGUUUUGAUUCCAGGCAGCCACUGCAGUCUGGUGAGCUGCCAGUAUCACAGGUCCAUAGAGAAGAGGGGGGAAAGGCCUGGAGCAGAGAGAGCUGAUACCUGCCUUGUCUCUGCCUGGGGGGGCUGGUGCAUAAUGUGGGAUACUGGAUCAAAAUACCUGGAUAGAGGAAAACUUACCCAGUCUCUUCCCUUGCAUCUAAGUGCUCCUGGCAGAAAUGUGGGAACAAUCACAAAGGAACUCCGUGCUUUGAUUUUUGCCCAGAGGGGCAGAUUAACCUGGACAGUACAAUGAAGGUUAUUAGCAGGAGAUCCAUCUCGGUGGCUUAUGGAGAGCCUGUCCAUCCCAUCAUGCAGUUUGACCCUUCUGAUUCCACUUACCUCUACCUGAUGACCUCUUACCAGAUGACCCGGGUGAAGGUGGCUGCCUGCAGCCAGUACUCGACGUGCAGGGAGUGCCUGGCUGCUGCUGAUGCCUACUGUGGGUGGUGCACGAUGGAGACCAGAUGUUCUCUGCAGCACGAGUGCACCAACUUCACAGGGACCAACUUCUGGGCAAGUGUGAGUGAAGGAGUGGAGCAGUGCCCUUCCAUGACCAUCCUGGAGCCUGAGAUCAACAUUGACAAGGAGAACCCGGCCCUGAUAAUACAAAUAAACGGAACUAUCCCGAACUUGAAUGGAACAAAUAUUUCAUGUGACUAUGGAAACAACAUCCACACAGUAGCUAGAGUUGCUGGGGAUUAUGUAAACCAAUUUAUUUAUUGCAGUUUGCUUCCACGUGAGAAAUAUCCAGCGUUUCCUGAUGACCAAGACCACGUGGUUGUCGAAGCUUCUCUCCGGGUCAACAACAAAAACAUUAUCCGGGCCAAUUUCACCAUCUACGAUUGCAAAAGGAUUGUAACCAUUUACCCCAGGAGAGCGUGCACCAGCUGUCUCUCGGCCAGGUGGAAGUGUCACUGGUGCCCCUCUGCCUACAGCUGUGUCUCCAACCACUCGCAGUGUGAGGAUGCACUGUGGAUGGAGCAGAAGAAAAUGGACUGUCCUCGAAUAGUACCUGCCCCUUUGGAGCCAAUGCCCACGGGUGUGUCUCGGAACAUCAUGAUCUCACUGGCCAAUGCAACUUUCCCUAAGGAGACAGCUCUGGAGUGCCAUUUCGGGACAGACGGGACGUUUGAAGCCCGGUGGGUGAACUCCUCUGCCGUGGAGUGUGUUCAUGUGCUGCUCCACACAUCAGAAAAAAGCCAUCGCUUCCCAGUGAACCUUCAGCUGAAGGACAAACCAGACAGAUUUAUCGACAGUCCGGAGAUGAUGACAGUGGAGGUGUACAACUGCGCCACCGGCAGCGCCGACUGCUCCCAGUGCCUGGGCAGGGAGGACCUGGGGCACCGCUGCCUCUGGAGCGAGGGCAGCUCCAGCUGCAGGCUGCAGACCGAGCCUCCACAGCUCCCUGAAGCCUGCCCGGCCCCGGAGAUUCGCAAGAUCGAGCCUCUGCGUGGGCCCCUGGAGGGGGGAACUCUGCUGACCAUCCGCGGGAGGAACCUGGGCCGCCGCUUCAGCGACGUGGUGGGCGCCGUGCGCGUGGGCGCCGUGCCCUGCGCGCCCCUGCCCCACAGAUACGUCGUGUCCGAGACGGUCGUGUGCCAGACCGGGGAGGCUCCGGAGGCGUUUUCGGACGUGGUGACGGUGAACGUGAGCCGGGAAGGGAGGUCCAGGGAGCGAUUCUCCUACGUGCUUCCCGUGGUGCAGUCCAUCACUCCUCUGAACGGCCCAAAGGCAGGAGGCACCAGAGUGACCAUCAGAGGCAGCAGGCUGGAUGUGGGCUCAGAGCUCCGUGUCCUCAUCAACUCCUCCAAGCAGUGCACGGACCUCAGCCGCAGUGACAGCACCAUCACCUGCACCAUGCCCGCCGUGGAGCUCACCUCCGCCGUGCCCGUCUGCGUGCAGUUCGAGAACAAGUCCUGUGCCAGCCACAACAUCACCUUCAAGUAUGAGAAGAACCCGGUUAUAUCAGACAUCAGCCCCAAAAAGAGCCAGAUCAGUGGGGGCAGGAUCAUCACCCUGGAAGGAAGAGGCUUCGGGCUGGUGCAGAACGUGUCCAUGGCUGUGCGUGGCAUCGGCAGAGAGCACACGCGCUGCAAGGUUCACAGCGACACCGCCAUCACCUGCCCCUCUCCGGCCGCCUCCAACGUCACCGUGGGCACCAAGCCAGCCCCGGUGGAUUUCUACCUCAACGGGCGCCUCUACACAGACGAGCGCUCGGCCCUGGACCAGGAGCUGUACCCCGAGGAGGCCCUGCCCAUCAGCAAGUUCAGCCUGGGCUACUACGCUGACCCCCAGUUCUCCACAGCCAAGAAGGAGAAGUGGAUCAAGCACCAUCCUGGCGAGCCCUUAACUCUGGUCAUCCAUAAAGAGCCUGACAGCCUGGGCCUGGAGAGCAAUGAGUACCAGGUGAAAAUCGGCCUGAUCUCAUGUGAGAUCCAGAUUGUUUCAGACAAAGUCAUCCACUGCUCCAUCAACGAGUCUCUGAGCUCCUCGGAGCGGCAGCUGCCCGUGACGAUCCAAGUUGGAAAGUUCAACUACACAAUUGCCAUGCUGCACCUCGGGGGAGGAGAAACUGCCAUCAUUGUCUCCAUCGUCAUCUGCAGCAUCCUGCUGGUCCUCUCUGUCGUGGCUCUCUUUGUGUUCUGCACAAAGAGCCGCAGAGCCGAGCGCUACUGGCAGAAAACGCUGCUCCAGAUGGAGGAGAUGGAGUCACAGAUCCGGGAGGAAAUCCGCAAAGGUUUUGCAGAGCUGCAGACAGACAUGACAGACCUGACCAAGGAGCUAAACCGCAGCCAGGGGAUCCCCUUCCUGGAGUACAAGCACUUUGUCACCAGGACAUUCUUCCCCAAAUGUUCCUCUCUCUACGAGGAGUGCUACAUCCUGCCAUCCCAGCAGCUCAGCUCACAGCUGGGCUCCCAGGUCCAGGAAACACAUCCUCUCCUGGUGGGGGAAUGGAAGAUCCCUGAGAACUGCAGACCUAACAUGGAAGAAGGAAUUUCUCUGUUCUCCACCUUACUCAACAACAAGCACUUCCUCAUCGUGUUUGUCCAUGCUCUCGAGCAGCAGAAGGACUUUGCUGUCAGAGACAGGUGUAACCUGGCCUCCCUGCUUACUAUUGCACUGCAUGGGAAACUGGAGUAUUACACCAGCAUCAUGAAGGACCUCUUGGUAGAUCUAAUAGAUGCUUCAGCUUCCAAAAACCCCAAGCUUAUGCUGAGGAGGACAGAAUCUGUGGUGGAGAAGAUGCUCACCAACUGGAUGUCCAUCUGCAUGUACAGCUAUCUCAGAGAGACAGUUGGAGAGCCCUUCUUCCUGCUGAUCUGUGCCAUCAAACAGCAGAUUAACAAGGGUUCCAUCGAUGCCAUCACAGGGAAGGCCAGGUACACCCUCAAUGAGGAGUGGCUGCUGAGGGAGAACAUAGAGGCAAAGCCAAGGAACCUCAACGUCUCCUUCCAAGGCUGUGGGAUGGACUCCCUGAGUGUCAGAGCCAUGGACACGGACACACUCAGUCAGGUGAAAGAGAAAAUUCUGGAGGCCUUCUGCAAGAACGUCCCCUACUCGCAGUGGCCAAGGGUGGAAGACGUGGACCUGGAGUGGUUUGCCACCAGCACCGACAGCUACAUCCUGCGGGACCUGGAUGACACCUCGGUGGUGGAGGAUGGCAGGAAGAAACUCAACACAUUAGCACAUUACAAGAUCCCUGAAGGGGCAUCCCUGGCCAUGAGUUUGACAGACAAGAAGGACACCACGCUGAGCAGAGUGAAGGAUUUGGACACUGAGAAGUACUUCCACUUGGUUCUCCCAACUGAUGAAUCAGUGGAACAUAAGAAGUCCCACAGGCAGAGCCAUAGGAAGAAGGUUCUCCCAGAGAUCUACCUGACACGGCUACUCUCCACCAAGGGCACGCUCCAGAAGUUCCUGGAUGAUUUGUUCAAAGCCAUUCUCAGUAUCCGAGACGACAAACCGCCCGUGGCUGUGAAGUAUUUCUUUGACUUCCUAGAGGAACAGGCAGAGAAAAGAGGGAUCACAGACCCUGACACUCUGCACAUCUGGAAGACCAACAGCCUACCGCUGAGGUUUUGGGUGAACAUCCUGAAAAACCCGCAGUUCGUGUUUGACAUUGACAAGACAGACCACAUUGACGCCUGUCUGUCUGUGAUUGCCCAGGCCUUCAUCGACGCCUGCUCGCUCUCCGACCUGCAGCUGGGCAAGGACUCCCCGACCAACAAAUUGCUGUAUGCCAAGGAGAUCCCCGAGUACCGGAAGAUAGUGCAGAGAUACUACAAGCAAAUCCACGACAUGCCCCCUCUGAGCGAGCAGGAGAUGAACGCCCACCUGGCCGAGGAGUCACGGAAAUAUCGAAAUGAGUUCAACACCAAUGUCGCCAUGGCUGAGAUAUACAAAUAUGCCAAGAGAUACCGCCCCCAGAUUGUGGCUGCCCUGGACGCAAACCCCACGACAAAGCGCACCCAGCUCCAGCACAAAUUUGAGCAAGUGAUUGCACUCAUGGAGGACAACAUCUAUGAGUCCUGCAGUGAAGCCUAGGCCAGCUGCAGCCCUGGAAGUGACCUUUCUUGCAGCACAGUGCCACAGGGGAACCUGCCUUCAGCAGCAGGCAUACCUUGGUCAUACUCAAACCAGCCUUGUGGAGAGGUUGGGCCUGGCCAUGGCUAAAAGUUUGCCUCACUUCACAAGGAGCCACAAGACACCUUUCUGAGCAGCUAAAACUCCUCUGGUCUGCACUGUGGCACCCAUAAUUUAUUUGCUGUUGCCAGCCAGAAAUGGAGGCAUGGCCCUUGUGGCAAGGUCAGUUCUCCACUUCCCCUUGGUCAGCACUCCGUGCAUCCCUGUGCGUGGUCCCUCAGGACGGGGCUGCAGAGGCUGGAACAACAGACACAAAGCAGAAAGGUCACCUCAGGGAGCAAUGACCACAGACAACAAAGACCAUCGUGGCCCGAGCUCCCACUCCAUCCCUCCAACAUCCUUGUUUUUCCAACACCAGGGACUCUUAUCAGCUGUUCACUAUCUGCUGCA